CGGCGGGAGCCGCCUGAGGAAAACACAUUAUAGAUUGUAUUUUUCCCCCUUCUUCUGUGGACUUAGUGUAAACAUGCUUUUUUCUGUUUGAAUUUAGUUUUUAAAAAUCAUUACCAUAGAUUCUUAUCAAAUAUAAGAAACAGGGGUAGUUAAACUAUGAGUUGUGGGAAGGAGUUCGUGGAAACAUUGAAAAGAAUUGGUUAUCCUAAAGCUGAUAGUCUUAAUGGAGAAGAUUUUGACUGGCUGUUUGAGGCCGUUGAAGAUGAGUCAUUUUUGAAGUGGUUUUGUGGGAAUGUGAAUGAACAGAAUGUAUUGUCUGAAAAAGAAUUGGAAGCUUUCAGCAUCCUUCAAAGAUCAGGCAAGCCCAUCUUAGAAGGAACAGCGUUGGAUGAAGCUCUUAGAACAUGUAAAACUUUUGAUUUGAAGACACCUACACUGGAUGACACAGAGAUACAGAAAUUAGAGGAUGAGGUUCAAACUCUGCAGAAAUUAAAGAACUUAAAAAUUCAGCGACGGAAUAAAUACCAGUUGAUGGCUUCUGAAACUAGCUACAAAUCUCUGGCGUUAAAUGCUAAACAAGAGGAAGCUACUAAGAAGCUGAAACAGAGUCAGGGAUUCCUGAAUGCUGUGAAUACUAAGCUCAGUAAUGAACUUCAGGUUCUCACUGAUGGAGUUAAUAAUUUGAUGAUGUUCUUCAGAAAUUCUAAUUUAGGUCAAGGGACAAAUCCAAUGGUAUUUUUAUCUCAGUUUUCCUUGAAGAAAUAUAUAAGCCAAGAAGAGCAGAGCACAGCAGCUUUAACCUUAUAUACCAAAAAGCAGUUCUUUCAGGGUAUACAUGAAGUAGUUGAAAGUUCAAAUGAAGAAAAUUUUCAGCUCUUAGAUAUACAAACACCAUCUAUUUGUGAUAAUGAAGAAAUCCUUGGGGAGAGACGGCUGGAGAUGGCUAGGCUGCAGAUAGCAUACAUCUGUGCCCAACAACAGAUCAUAUACUUGAAAACGAGUAAUUUGAGCAUGAAGUCAAGUAUAAAAUGGGCAGAAGAGAACCUUCAUAGCCUAACCAGUGAGGCUAUUCGUAAAGAAAAUUUGGAUGCUAAAAUUUCUAGCUUGAACAGUGAGAUUCUAAAACUUGAAGAACAAAUCACUCAUAUAAAAGACAAAAUUUUGCCUGCUGUGAUAAAAGAGAAUGCCCAGUUAUUGAACAUGCCAGUUGUAAAGGGAGAUUUUGAUCUGCAGAUUGCGAAACAAGAUUAUUAUACAGCAAGACAAGAGUUAGUUUUAAAUCAGUUGAUAAAGCAGAAGGCUUCAUUUGAGCUUGUACAGUUAUCAUAUGAAAUUGAGUUGAGAAGACAUUGGGAUACAUAUCGGCAACUUGAAAAUUUGGUUCAACAACUUAGUCAAAGAAAUGUGCUCUGUCAGCGAUUAGCAACGUUAACAGAUCCAUCAGCAUCUGAGCAGUUAAACUCCAGGACUCCCAUCGACGCUAAAGAUUAUUCUGCUCAUAGGCUUUAUCAACUUUUAAAAGGAGACAAUAAGAAGAAAGAAUUGUUUAUAACCCAUGAACACCUGGAGGAAGUGGCUGAGAAAUUGAAACAAGAUAUUUCUCUAAUACAAGAUCAGUUGGCAGUAUCUACUCAAGAGCAUUUUUUCUUUCUGUCCAAACUGAAUAACGAUGUGGACAUGCUUUGUGAUGCUUUGUAUCAUGGAGGAAACCAGCUAUUGCUUUGUGAUCAGGAGUUAAUGGAGCACUUUCAUCGAGUUGAAUCUAAGUUGAAUAAACUAAAUCAUCUCCUUACUGAUAUUCUUGCUGAUGUGAAGACAAAAAGAAAAAUUUUGGCAACUAAUAAAUUGCAUCAAGUGGAAAGAGAAUUAUAUGUAUAUUUUUUUAAAGAUGAAGACUAUCUGAAAGAUGUUGUGGAAAAUUUAGAAAACCAGUCAAAGAUUAAGGCCUCUGGUCUUAAAGAUUGAAGAUUUCUAAAAACUGAAUCUUUACGAUGCUUGCUGUGUUUCGAUUUAAGUAUUAGGAGGCUAUUUCUAAUAAACACUAAUAAACUAAUAAGGAAAAUAAAUUUCUUUUACAUUUGUGAGGGGGAGGGAUGCGUGUAUGUACAGUCUCGUACAUUAGUGUGUACCAUGAUGAAUAUGUGAAGGUAAGAGAGCGUCUUGCAGGAAUCGUGUUAUCCUUCUACCACAGAAGCUGUAGGGAUGGAAAUCAGGUCAUCAGUCUUGGUGGCAGUGAUUAACCCAUCUCAUCAGCCUCAGUGCUAAGUUUAUAAAUUUAAGAUCAAAGAACAUUUUAAUAGAUUCAAUGUCAAGUUGAACUUCCCUAAUCUGAAAUUUUUAAAUACUCCAAAAUCUGAAACUUUAUAAGCAACUGGGAUGUUUCUCAAGUGAAAAAUUCUACAUCUGAUCUUACAU